AUGGCUACUGAUCGAUCGGAGCUCACGAAGAGGGUCAUCCCUAAGAUGAUCCUCGGUAACGACGCCCCGGGAAGUCUAACGGCGCCACCACCGCCGCUCUUAGGGGCAUCUCCCGCUGCCCGAGCGGCGGCCCGCUUCGCCAUCAAUGGCUCGGCAAUUGUUACCGGAGGCACCGGAGACCUGGGUUUCACCGCAUGUCGGGCCCUGCUUGAACACGGCCUGAGCGGACUAGCCAUCUUCGACCUCAACAUCACCGAGGGUGCUGCGAAGGUUAGUGCCUUGCAGGCGGAGUUCCCUGAUGCCCGGAUCGAGUUCAUGGCCGUCAAUGUUACGGAUGCAGCUGCAGUGAACAGUGCCGUGCAGGCUGCAGCGACGCUGCUAGGUGGAAUAGACAUUUUUCUAUGCUUCGCAGGCGUGGUUGGGGCCGUUCACGCCCUAGAUACCACGCCUGAGACGUUUCGCUUCCUGCUGGAUGUGAACACAACGGGCUCCUUCUUUUGUGCUCAAGCUGCGGCGAAAGCUAUGAAGGAGAGCGGACGAGGUGGGAGUAUUGUGCUUACAUCGAGCAUAUCCGCGCAUAGAGUCAACUAUCCCCAGCCGCAAGUUGGAUACAAUGUGGCAAAGGCAGGUGUGUUGGCGAUGAAAGACAGCUUAGCAGCAGAGUGGGCAACGUAUGGCAUCAGGGUGAAUAGUAUCAGCCCCGGAUAUAUGGACACUAUUCUCAAUGAAGGAGCGGGUCUGGAUGAGCAUAAGAAGGAGUGGGUAAGAAGACAUCCUAUGGGUAGGAUGGGCCAGCCGGAGGAGUUGACUGGAGCUGUGAUAUUGUUGGCAAGCAAAGCUGGAACUUACAUUACAGGCGCCGACUUCUUGGUUGACGGCGGGCAGACAAUCCUCUAA